UCUCGGUGGUUUUUAAGCCUUUUUUACGCACUCUCAGUAAAAAUGUACUCAUAACACCGAUAACACUUAGGAAUCUGGCCCCAAUGAAAGAGCUGUUCAGUGUCUGCCAAUAGUUUAACUUAUUGUAGUAGCCUAACCGGUAGUUCGAUUUACGGAAGAGAAAGAGCAGAAGUCUACGACAGGGGUGUCAAACUUCCCUGACCGUUGUGGAAGUUGGGGUUGGACCACAAAUGGAACUGGUGUAUGAAUUUUAACAGAUAAGCCGCGCUUAAUCGAAGUAUUUACAUGAGAAGCUAGAGUGGACCAGCCGUUGAGAAAUGCGCCUGGCAUGCUUGUCCUCCGAGGUCUACACCCAUGUGAACCGCAUCUCCGGAACGGACUGAGACGUGGCCGCUAGUUCUCUCAGAACCAUUGUCCUCCCGCCCUGGUGUACCGACCCAGACCCGUAUUUCAAAGUUAGUUAACUGUUCGUAUCGCAGGACAACUGAGGUUGUGUUAUAGAGGACAAUCAAGUGCCUUAACCACUCCAACGAAUGUGCUCCAGACAACCACUUAGAACGGAUGCAUAAAUAAGCAAUUUUGUACCUGUUUUUAUUAAUUAUACCACACUUAGUCUGUAAACAUUUUUGGAAUCAAUUUUUUGUUAAUGCUUUGCAUUGCUUCGUAUUUAUUCGGGCAUUAGAUUUUAUCUUUUGAAAAUUAGCUUGUGCCACGAUAGAACAGGCGCAUAAAAUAAGAAAAGGGGAGGUUCUGCUUCUGGGCAAGAGGGAAAAAAAUCAAGGAAGAUAAAAGUCAAUUUUGGCAUGACUUCAUAAAAGUCACUGCAAUUUCGUUCUUGAACGAGCAGCGCUGACGCGCUGAACGACGGUUAUAUAUGCAGAACUACCGACUGCAUCAUUAAUACAUUUUGAAAGAAAGAAAAAAAAACUGUAUCCCAAUUUUAACUGGAUCACCCUUCCACCUCCCACUCCGAGGUUCAACUUGGUUCAUCUCCGCUCGCGCGCAGCUUCAGUCUAGCUCGUGGAGGCACGAGCGCUGGAGCAGUGGCGCCGCUGUCUGCCACAGCCGAAGAGAGCAGCGGAUUGGAGAUACCUGCGUUUUAUAUGCGCGAACAGGCAGCCGCUCGCGUUCCUUUCACCAGCAAGUUCUUACAGAUAGCUUUACUCUACAAAGGGCUUGUUUGUGUUUUACAUUGCUGCAAUGCACAACCUCCGAAUAUCAAUGGACUUGGAUUUGAAGAGGGAAUAGUAUAUUUAUCUCUAUCUCCCUUUCUCGCCUUGAAGCGGCGUCAUUAGCCUACUGUUUUGUGAUAUGUGUUUUACAUGUUUGCGUGCAACAGUGAGGUAGUUCUUUUUGAGCCCGUGAUGGGAAUUUAAUCACCAGUGCAUAUGCGAAGCAUCGGGGUCUGGAGCGGUCUGUACCCUGGACGCCGCGGUUGAAGGCAGAUUUUGAGCGCAUGAGGCUCGGCCAGUUUGGGGGAAUGAUCCUGCUGAAUUUUCGGAAACGAAGGUCCGCGCGGCGCGGUUGGAUUAUUUCUCCGGAGAUGAUCCUGGUUCCAGUUCUCUGGUUCUUAUCCCAGGCACGUGCCGCGCCGUCUCUCACGGCCGAGCAGCUGGGCAUGGGGGUGGAUUGGCUGAGCAAGUUUGGGUACCUCCCUCCGCCGGACCCAGUGACGGGACAGCUCCAGACCAAGGAGGCCCUGACCCGAGCCAUCAAAGCCAUGCAGAAGUACGGAGGACUGGAGGAGACGGGAGAGCUAGACCAGGCCACGCUGUUGCUGAUGAAGACUCCCCGCUGCUCUCUGCCGGAUCUGUCUGAGGGGGAGUCUCCGGGCCGAAGGAGGCGAGCACUCAACCCCCAGAGCAAGUGGAACAAGAGACACCUGUCCUGGAGGGUGCGGACCUUCCCAAAGGAGUCGGCGCUCCUCGGACGAGACACGGUGCGGGCGCUGAUGUACUACGCGCUGAAGGUGUGGAGCGACAUCGCGCCGCUCAACUUCCACGAGGUGGCGGGCAGCGAGGCCGACAUCCAGAUCGACUUCACCAAGGCCGACCACAACGACGGCUACCCCUUCGACGGGCCGGGGGGCACGGUGGCCCACGCCUUCUUCCCCGGGGAGCGCUUCACCGCCGGCGACACGCACUUCGACGACGACGAGGCCUGGACCUUCAGAUCGCCGGAUGCCCACGGUAUGGACCUGUUUGCGGUGGCGGUGCACGAGUUCGGCCACGCCAUCGGCCUGGCGCACACCUCCGCCAUCGAGUCCGUCAUGCGGCCCUACUACCAGGGCCCCGUGGGAGACCCCCUGAGAUACAACCUGCCUUACGAGGACAAAGUCCGAGUCUGGCAGCUCUACGGGGUGCGAGAUUCGGUGUCCCACACCCUUCGCCCUGAUGACAGCUCCCAAACCGCUGCACCCCCGGUCCUGCUGGACCUCCCCGGAAACAGAUCCACUGUCCCGCCAGCUCGGGAUGUUCCUGACAGAUGCAACAGUCACUUUGAUGCUGUGGCGCAAAUUCGUGGCGAGGCCUUCUUUUUCAAAGGGAAGUACUUCUGGCGCCUGACCCGCGAGAAGAACCUGGUGUCGCUGCGCCCGGCGCAGAUCCUGCGCUUCUGGAGGGGCCUGCCCGCCAACCUGGACAGCAUGGACGCCGUGUACGAGAGGCCCGGAGACCACAAGAUCGUCUUCUUCAAAGGACAAAAGUACUGGGUGUUCAAGGACAACAACGUGGAGGAGGGCUACCCCCGGCCAAUCAGCGACUUCGGCCUGCCCCUGGAGGGCGUGGACGCCGCCUUCGUCUGGCUGCACAACGACAAGACCUACUUCUUCAAGGGCAGCCGCUACUGGCGCUACGACGACCACCUGCGGCGCAUGGACCAGGGGUACCCCAAAGACAGCACGCUGUGGAAGGGGGUUCCGCCCCAGCUGGACGACGCCAUGCGGUGGUCGGACAGUGCCACUUACUUCUUCAAGGGGAAGGAGUACUGGCGGGUGGAGGGGAGCGACAUGGAGGUGCAGGCGGGGUACCCUCAGCCAAUCGGGCGGGACUGGCUGGUCUGCGCGGAGAUGCAGUCGGACUCUCCCGCCACGGAGGCCAACGGCACGGACACGCGGAGGCGCGGCCUUCGCCACGGCGACCACGCCGAGAGCGGCUACGAGGUGUGCUCCUGCACCUCGGACUCCGCCGCGCCCCUCUGCCCCCCGCUCGCCCUCGCGCCGCUCUGGCGACUCGCCCCCCUCUGGACGGUCUUACUCACCCUGGCAGCGGCGCUCUGAUUGGAGCAGCAGCGGGGAGGGAGGGGCCACGGACUCACAGACUGGCAGCCAGCAGGUCCAAUCAGAGGGCCUGGCAGGGGGCUCGUCCGGAAUCCUCGUCCAGCUAACUGUUCUUCUUUCUUUCGUUUGUUUAUAGUUUCAUUGAUUGCAGCAGACUGCUAUUUGUUAAUGUAUCUGCUUUUUGUACAGCGAGCAUAAACUCAAGUUUAUUAUUAUGAUUAUUAUUAUUGGUAUUUCUGUGUUACUGUUAUACGGACUAUUAUUAUUAUUAUUAUUAUUAUUAUUAUUAGUGUUGUUAUUAUUAUUAUUAUUAUUAUUAUUAUUAUUAUUAUUAUUAUUACAUUUUGUUGUACUUCGACAGAUAUUUGUAAUUUCACCUAAUGCAAAAAAUAUAUAUACUCAGAAUAUAUCACUUGUAUUUCAGCAUUGAAGGAAAUUUUGUUGUGUUAUAAUAAUAAUAAUAAUAAUAAUAAUGCAGUAAUGGCAAUUUUGAUUACAAGGUUUUAGUGCAGUCACAGCAGAGAUCAUAGGCUGGAGAUUGUUGUGUAUGCAACCUUCUUGUGACCUUGCUUUGUCUUUCAUGUUGUCUUAAUUCUGUUAUCAGCAAAAGUGCUUUAAGAGACCCUGUUACAGAUAGAUCUCUAUAUUUUGAUUAAUAGUGUCUGAGCCUUGGGUGCACCUGCCUGGAUGAAGGCGCAUUCUCUGCAUCCCACUGUCAUCCUCCCCACCCUGGGUUUGAUUAGUCGGGGCUGGGACUGGUUUUCCACUCUGUUCCCCUCUGAUGGAUGAGUGAGGCUUCACGAAACCCCACGAGGGGUGGAGCUAGCAAGUCCUGUCAAUCACUGUCUCAUAUCAACCAAUCAGAAUGCACUGCUCACCACAGAACCUUAUUCUGAUUGGCUUAAACCAGUGAGACACUGGUAAUCCAUAGUGGCAUCAUGGGGUUCAUCACCACUCUCCCAACACAAACUCAUUGCAUUCAUGUUUGUUUUGGUUAGAAUUCUGAAUAAUCGUGAAAUCGUUUUUUGUUGUUCUUCUUUCGCUUCUCUUGAUCACAGCGGCAGCAAUUGACAUUUCAUAAUAUUCCUCCAAUCAACAACAUGACAGCAUCCGCCAAUUUGCUCCGUAAUUUUGUGUGAUAGAUUGAGAGAAACAUGCCCUUUAUUCCAGCUUGGUACUGGGCUGAUUGCCAUUGAAUUGAUUGUACCCAUUAAUCCAAGACAGUUCUGAUAGCUGCACUGGUUUCAUAAAACUCAAAGAGACGGAUGCAGGAGAAUUGGUCAAUAGCAAAAAAAAAAAAAAAACACGCAGCCUUUGCUGACAUUGUUACUCAGACUUCUUAUUCAUAAUUACACGAAAAUGUAGCUUGGCUGCAGAAAUGUGGUUGAAACACCCUUGUUUUCUUACUCCUGAGAUAUUUUUGUACAAAAAUAAAGCAGAACAAAGUG